CAGCUCCGGGGGCGCUGCCGCCCUGCCCGCCCGCGCUGGAUUUCGCGUCCCCGCUGCCGAUUCGGGCUCGGGAGCCCCCCUCCGGUCCUAUGGUAGUGAAGAUGGAGGUCGAGGAGGAUGGCGCCAACGGAGGAACUGGUGCGGCAUGGUCCGAGGAGGACCGGACCGUCAGCACCAACGUGCUCGGGAGGGACGCGUUUGCCUACCUGACAAAAGGAGGCGGUGCCAUAUCCGAGGGCCUUGUCGCUACGUCCUUGCCUGUGGACUUGCAAAACAAGCUGCAGGAGCUCAUCGAGUCGGACCACCCUGGCCCUAGCUGGAACUACGCCAUCUUCUGGCAGCUUUCACGCACAAAGUCCGGCGAUCUCGUCCUUGGGUGGGGGGAUGGCUCGUGCCGUGAGCCUCAUGAUGGUGAGGUGGGGGCUGCUGCUUCACCGGGCAAUGAUGAUGCCAGGCAGCGGAUGCGGAAGCGUGUGCUGCAGCGGCUGCACAUAGCGUUUGGCGGUGCUGAUGAGGAGGAUUAUGCCCCGGGCAUUGAUCAGGUGACGGAUACGGAGAUGUUCUUCCUGGCAUCUAUGUACUUUGCAUUUCCGCGCCGUGCCGGUGGCCCUGGUCAGGUAUUUGCAGCAGGCGUCCCCCUCUGGGUUCCGAAUUCUGAGCGCAACGUGUUCCCGGCUAAUUACUGUUACCGGGGGUACCUUGCAAGCAUGGCAGGAUUUAAGACCAUCUUGUUGCUGCCCUUUGAGACUGGAGUGCUCGAGCUGGGUUCUAUGCAGCAUGUAGCUGAGAAUGCUGAGACUCUCCAGACCAUAAAGUCUGUGUUUGCGGGGGCAAGUGGCAAUAAGGAUACAGUUCAGAGCCGUGAAGGAAAUGGUCAUGUUGAGAGGUCACCUGGUUUGGCAAAGAUUUUUGGCAAGGAUUUGAACCUUGGUCGGUCUUCAGCUGGGCCAGUGGUUGGGGUGCCAAAGGUAGAUGAAAGGCCAUGGGAACAGAGGUCUGCUGGUGGAGGGACCUCGCUGCUUCCCAAUGUCCAGAAAGGGCUGCAGAAUUUCACUUGGAGUCAGGCCCGGGGCCUGAAUUCUCAUCAGCAGAAGUUUGGCAAUGGUAUACUAGUAGUGAGCAAUGAAGCUACACACUGCAACAAUGGAACUGCCGACAGCUCCACUACUACUCAAUUUCAGCUUCACAAAGCACCCCAGCUCCAGAAAUUACCAUUGCUUCAGAAACCGCCACAGCUAGUGAAACCACUGCAGAUGGUCAGCCAGCAUCAGAUGCAGCCACAGGUGCCUAGACAAAUAGAUUUUAGUGCAGGCACCAGUUCCAAGUCCAGUGCCCUGAUUACAAGAACAGCUGUUUUUGAUGGAGAUAGUACCGAGGUGAAUGGUUUUUGUAAAGAGGAAGGGACAACACCUGUGAUAGAGGACCGACGACCAAGGAAGAGAGGAAGAAAGCCUGCAAAUGGGAGGGAGGAGCCACUGAAUCAUGUCGAGGCUGAGCGCCAAAGGAGGGAGAAGCUUAACCAGCGGUUUUACGCAUUAAGAGCUGUUGUGCCCAACAUCUCAAAAAUGGACAAGGCCUCCCUGCUGGGUGAUGCAAUAGCAUAUAUCACUGACCUUCAGAAGAAGCUCAAAGAUAUGGAAGCAGAGAGAGAUCGAUUUGUCGAGUCCGGUAUGGUGCCCACUAGACCGGACGUGGACAUCCAGGUAGUGCAAGAUGAGGUUCUUGUCCGAGUAAUGUCCCCAGUCGACAAACAUCCGGUAAAGAAAGUGUUUGAAGCGUUUGAUGAGGCGGAAGUCUGCGUAGGUGAGUCAAAGCUCACAGGCAACAACGGAACGGUAGUCCAUUCUUUUAUCAUCAAGUGCCCUGGCUCUGAACAGCAAACGAGGGAGAAAGUGAUUGCUGCAAUGUCUCGUGCAAUGCAAUGAGCUAAGCCUAGAAUCGGUUGAGGGGAGUGUCUGUGCGGUAGAGGUGGGUUACUCUGCUGGUUGCAUACAAAGCGUCAGCCCUUUGACACCUUCCAGUCUGUUGAUAGAAGUUGUAGGUCUGAGACAGCAAGCUGAGAUUUCUGACUUAGCAAUGCAAGAAAAGCACAAGUUAAACCGCCAUUGUUGUAACGGUAGGUUCUUGUGACCCUUAGUUUUGAUGUUUCAUUGGAAAGAUACCGUUCUCCUAGUGUAUGGCUUAAUUAUUGCGGAACAUAAAAGGUACAUUUCGCAUGGAUGAGUUAGAAAUUUAUAUUUAGCAGUUUUUUUA